GCAAUUUCCUCUUGCACUCUUUCGAACACGCAUGCACACGCGUGUGGUAGUAAAUUUAACGGCUUGCUACGUGACGCGACGUUGCGGUAUAAAAGCGUAGUAUACAGCAAGUUGAGAAAUCAGUUAAGGUCGAACUGUUGAGACGUUCGCUGUUAAGAAAACGUUCAUUCCGUGUCACUUCGAAAGUUUUUGAGCACAAAUACUCCAUAAAAUGUCGAAGUUCACGAUGCUGAUUUUCGUCUUCUUGGUGGCUGCAACCAUUGUUACUGCAGCUCCCGAAAGAUGUGGCCGCCAUGGUGAUGAUUGCGUGGCCAGCUCUGACUGUUGCAGAAACCUGUCCUGUAACAGAUUCGCACACAGGUGUCAAGUGGUGAUCACGGAGGAGGAAUUGAUGGCACAACGUGAAAAAAUUUUGGGGAGAAAAGGGAAAGAUUACUAAACAUCCGAUUUACAAACGAAUGAUCUUAUCACGAAAUUUCAGAGAAUUCGAAACGUCAACCGCAAAGAUGAAAAUAAACGUAACACGCGAGGCGAAUACAUAAUCAACCCAACAAAAAAACAAGGACAUAUCUUAUAUCAGUGUAAGCAAACAAGUGACUAAUAAAGAUGCGUGAUGAUUUUAUAAAAUGAAA